UUAUUCAACGUUGGUGCACUUCCGUCUGCAGCGGAAAAAUGAUGAAAUUUGAACUUCGAAAUAUAAGACGAGGAAGAAACGUUCAUUUAUUGCAAAGAUGCGUGUGAUCAUUGGAAUAGCAGCUUCAUUAUUAGUAAUUUUAUGUCUUUCUCUAUUUGUUUUGCCUUUUACUUUGACUGUAUUCCUUAUUUUAACGAUCGGUUCAUUCAUUGCUUUUCACUUGUCACAAAAUCCGGCUGGUGUCUCGCGAGCUCUGGCCCACGUGCAGUCUUUGUCCGCGGCUGCCCCGAAGUUCUGGCCGCCUAGACCGGAAGAGGAGGCCACAACUCGUCGGACAACAGCCAAACCAUCUUCGCCAACUUAUCAACCAAAGCUUACAGACAGCAUCAAAGAGAGAGGAAAAGAAAACAUCAAUAAUUUUGUGAGAUCAACUCUGAAGCCAAGAAGGUUUGGGAAUGUUGUAGAGUCGAGUGAAUUUCAUGGAAAAAGUCCACAACAAAGCCAAAGUUGGGUUCCUCUGAAAAAUUCCACUGCUGCAAAUUUUUCAACAUGGAGUCCACGACCAGCCACUGACAAGUCUGAAGGAUUCAAUUUUUCUACUGGAUACAAUUUUGAUAAUAAACUCUCAUUCUCGAGACUCCCAUUGUCACCUAUCUACCCCCCUAACAAAUCAAUAGACAGUCCCGAAUUGGAUUUGAGCUCGACGAUGCUACGCUUCAACUCGGGCCAGGAUUCUUUGCUUCAUCCUAGCAUGCACUACCCAACCCACCAACCUGACCUGGUGGCCUCCCCCGGUCUGCUUCCUUCGGUCAGCUGGCUGAAAGAUGGAGGACUGUCCAGUCCUAGACACAGGAGAGGUCUACCCAGGGUACAGAGUCCAGUCAUGGUCAAGAUCGCCAGUCUAUUCCCAGACCGUCCGGCCAGUCCUCUGUUUAGAAAACUAGCAUCAGAGAAUGAUAAGCAGAAAGCUAGCAGUGCAGAUAAGGUCAUUAUGGCUAUCAAACUGAGGCAGAAGAGGACAGCGCAGGACGCUAAUACUGAGUCCGGUAGUCCAAUAGCGCCCUCUGAUGUCAGAAGUGAAUCAAAGAGGAGAAAAUUGGAAAGCACCUAUGGAAAAGACGUUGCAAGAAGUGAUAUCGAUAUGGAUUUAGAUCCUAUGCCUAGGCGUAAACAUACGGACAGAGUCUUCUGGCCUUCAAGAUACGGAAUCACAUCACCCACACCUAGAAACCCAAUUGUCAGCUCCUUCAGUUCAUCUAGGAAAUCCCAGAGUACAUUAAAGAGAAGAAUGGAUACAUCAUCAAUAGAGGUAGAAGAGGAGGAGGGUGUAUCACCCAUCAAGAAGAAGGCCCAUCCUCAGGCAUCCCAGCAAUCUCCUGGUCUCCAGAGCCCCUCCAAGAGGACAAGCGCCAAUCAACCAAGAACCCCAGGAUUUUCAUCGAUUAGAUCUGGCGGUAGAGCCCUCUACCUGGAGAAGAACACUGGACUACCAGCAGCAGGGUCACCCUGUAAGGAAGCAGGAACAACGCCUCAGAAAUCGAGUCUGAAGGGGAAACUGUUCACUCCCAAGAGGACUUCAUUUGCUCCGAGAGUAGACACACCAGGUGACUACACUGCUGCUGAUAACAAGGAAGACAGAGCUCAGGCAAGGCAGAGAGGAAGUUACCUCAAAGAGAUGCUCAUGCAGGAGACAGAGGAAGGCACCUCAAAAGAUGGUGAUUCUACUGUCUCAGCUCCAAAGACAAAUGCCUUGUUUACAGGAGCAGCAGUAACAACGACAACAGCCUCUAACCCUCUGACGACAUUCUCUAUAGGAUCCCUUCCCAAGUCUACGGCUUCCACUACAAGUGUAGCACCUUCGGUUCUGUCUUCAACGGCCACUACGUCUUCUGGAGGAACCCCUGCUCUUGGUAUUCCCUCGACAUCCGUACAGAAGACAAGUGACAACCCUCUUUUGUCAAGUAGUGACAAGCAGAAGCUUACAGCUACAAGCUCAGAGAAGACUGUCAAGUUUGGAAAUCCUGCUGCAGCACAACUGAACUUGUCAUCCAGUGCUUCAGCAGCAGCAUCGGUAGGAACUACUCCACAGAAGUCUGGAGAGACCGCUCUAGGUUUCAAGUUGCCAAGUGCACCUUCUAUCGGGAAUGGUCUGUUAAAGAUUCAAGCGACUCUGCCAUCGUUUACGUUAGGUGCCAAUCCCUUGGGUACGAGUCUUAGUAGUGCUUUAGGAGGCACUCAAGUGGAUGCUAAAGUGCAGUCACUUAGUACUAAUAACAAUGCGGUCACCACAUCGAGAGCUGGAGCUGGGGGUCUUGUGAAGACAACUCAUCCUGGAACCCUCUCUGCCCCUAUCAGUGGGGGGUUUACAGCUAGUGGUGCUGCUGCUCCCAUUUUUGGAGGAUUUUCAACAACAGCAGCUCCUGCUACAUCCACUCUGACCACGACCUCAUCAAUAAAAACACAAUUUGCACCCGCCUUUGGUGGUCCAGGUGCAGCCUCCGGAGUUCAGAGCAGUGCUGGAACAACCCCAGGAAAACCAAGCUCUCAGGCACAAGCAGGUGGAUUCCAGUUUGGACAAACUUUGGGAGGCUCUACCUCAAUCCCCGCUGGAGGACUCUCAUUUGGGAAUACCAAAACGUCUUCUGUUCCAGGUGGGUUAGCAACUCCAUUUCAAGCUACUGCACAGACAUCUGCCCCAGCUUCAACAGUAAAUAAACAAAUGUCUUCUACGCCUGCUCCUAACACCACUGCACCUAGUGCUAAACAAGGUGGAGGACCACAAUUCCCACCCAUCUUUGGCCAGCAAGCUGCUACUAAACCUGCAGGAGCAAAUGGACCAGGGCAAGGAGGUCCUUCCUUUGGAUCCAAUACCAGCCAGCCAGCAGCAGGAGGGUUCACAUUUGGACAGUCAGUAUCUUCUGCGACCACUGCAGCAGCUCCUCCCGCUUUUAACUUUGGUGGCAGCACUCCUACACCGACAUCAUCUACAAGUAGCUUGUUUAGUUCUGCACCGGCCACACCCUUUGGUGCGAGCAAACCAGCCAGUGCUGUCGGAUCAAAUCUAUUUGGUUCAACACCUGCACAAAACCAGACACCCCUUGGUGGUGCUCCCACAAACACCAGCACCAUGUUUGGUGGUGCCAAAGCCACCCCACAAAAGCCAGCCUUCGGUGCCACUAACAACACAAGUAUGUUUGGAGCUGGAAGCACUCCUGGUGCCACGUCUGCACCGAAACCAGCCUUUGGAAAUCCCACUGCAACGCUUACUCCCUUUGGAAGCAGUCAGAGUCAACUACCACCACCAGCUGCAGCAUCACCAUUCCAGUUUGGAAGUUCUCAACCUAAAGCCCCUACACAGCCUGCUGCUACAGGAGGGUUCAACUUUGGAGGGCAAGCAACACCUCAGAAACCUGUUGGUUUUGGUGCCUCAGCACCAGCCCCAGCCUCAAACAAUGGCUUCCAGUUUGGCCAGACACAGCCGUCGAGUGGAGCUGCGACACAGUCUAACUUCUUCGGGGGAUCUACAGGUAAGAAAUCUAGAGCUUUCAUCCUUGUGGAGGUGUUGUGGUCCAGUGGAUAAGUCUCUGGACUGCGAACCACAAGGUACAGGAUUGGAAUCCCUCCAAAACAUUAAUGUCCUUUGGCAAGACGUUUAUCUACAUUUGCCACACUUCACCCAGGUGAAGUAAAGGGGUACCUCGUAAGAUUAUUCCUUGAAAUGUGCUGUGCGCUGAUAGUGGUUGCCAGAGUU